AUGGAAACCACAAUCAAAAACAAAGCUUCCUCCUCCUUCAAUACCAACACCAGUAUUAGCAGUGCUUCGAAUGCAACGCAGCAGGCCGAUUGUCUCAAGGGCAACAACACGUUUCUCGCACGGCUCUCACGACCCAACAGUAUUAAUACUACUACUAGUAGUAGUAGUACUACUACUAGUAUUAAUACUAUGAAUCAGCAUGCAUCCCAUCCUCUGGAUGCCAAUUCGGACAAUGCCUCUCAAGAAUCCCGGAUUGACGAAGCCAUUGAUAUUAUCGAUUCGGAAGAGACCAGCAAUAAUAAGCGACCGAAGAGACAGUCUCUGCAACGAAAGGGUUCUUCCAUUUCGGAACGAUCGGCCAAGGAAUUAUUGCACGACAACUGCAACCGCCUGACAGUACUUGUGCAAAGAAGCAGUAUAGAGAUGACAAGGAACGGCUUUCUAAGCAGUGAUGAUGAGAGUGAUUUGGAGGAUUGA